UACUGUUAGCUCAUACCCCAUCAACAGUUUUAGAACACACUUAUUAGUUAUAGUUCUACCCUCUGCCUUUAAUUACAUGUACAAAGUUUUAUUCAAUUGCAAAAUGAGAAUACUCACUACAUCUUGUCAACAUUACAAUUGAUAGAAGAAAGAUAAAUAAUAAUCAUUUUCAGCUAAUCUACUUGAUACAUAGAUGCAUGAGCCUGAAAUUUACAUGGUUGUCUGACUAAAUACAUGCCUUUGUGCAUAGUAAAUUUGCUUCCAAAACUAAAUUUAUCUAUCAAACCAAAAUGGAUUGCAGGUUCAGUUUCUGUGAAAGGAGAUAUGAACACUUUUUCGCAUGUACCUCCUGGCUUUCGGUUCCAUCCCACUGAUGAAGAACUUGUAGAUUACUACCUUAGGAAAAAGAUAAAUUCAAGAAGGAUUGACCUCGAUGUCAUCAGAGAUGUCGAUCUUUACAAAAUCGAGCCAUGGGAUCUUCAAGAGCUAUGUAGACUGGGUACAGAAGAGCAAGACGAAUGGUAUUUCUUUAGUCAUAAAGAUAAAAAAUACCCAACUGGGACGCGUACUAAUAGGGCUACAGCAGCCGGAUUUUGGAAGGCUACGGGAAGGGACAAGGCGAUUUACUCGAAGCACGAAUUGGUUGGGAUGAGAAAGACAUUGGUUUUCUAUAAAGGUCGUGCUCCGAAUGGACAAAAGUCAGAUUGGAUAAUGCACGAGUAUCGCCUUGAAUCAGAUGAAAAUGCAACAACUACUCAGGAAGAAGGGUGGGUGGUAUGUAGGGUGUUCAAAAAGAGAUUACCCACAAUGAGGAGAGCAAGUGAGCAUGAAUCACCAAUUUGGUAUGAAGAUCAUCAAGUGUCAUUCAUGCCAGAGAUUAGUUCACCAAACCAAAACAAUUCUUUAUCUCACUUGGUGAACCCUAAUAAUUACCAAUACCUUUAUGGGACUUGCAAGAAAGAAAUAGACCAUCUACAAAAUUACCACACUACCUCUGAUCACUUCCUACAACUUCCUCUUUUAGAGAGUCCAAAACUGCUCCCUUCAUGCAACUCUUUCAUGCCCAUAUAUGGUAUUAACAUAAACCAAAAUGAAAGUAUCAACUAUCAGCCAACUUCACUCACACAAGACCAAAGCAACAAUAUUCAUCAAAAUCAAGAUCAAAAUGUAAACAAUCAAGUGACGGAUUGGCGAGUUCUUGACCAAUUUGUUGCAUCACAACUACUUAGCCAAGGUCAUGUUCCAACUAAAGAAAAUCAUUGCACGAAUAUGCAAGAUUCCCAAUUACGCCCACAUGAUGAUCACGAAGGAUCAAAUUCUGAGCUCAUUACACACUAGAACACGCAAGAAUACGAAAUGUGAGGGUGCUUGAAGAAGGAAAACCUUGUUUUCGAAGCUAUUAUUGAAAGUAUAGACUCAACUUCCAAUUGUUAUUGUACAUAAUAAAGAUCUAAAGUGCUAUAUAUUCAUGUAACCUUAUUAACGUACGUUUACAUCUGGUUAGAAGAUAUGCCCUUAAUUAGUGUCAUUUAAGUAAAUGAUAAAUGGGGUGUAUGUAUGUCAUAACUAAAACAAUCAAGGGAUUGUUUAGUUAAUAGUAUUGUAGGCAUGGGAUUUUUUAUGUGUCUUACUAUUACUUGAGAUCACUGCAUCAUGUGAUAUUUGUGUAAUGGAAUUUAUUAUGUUGCCUAUAAUCAGACAGCCAUAUGCAUGCGCUGUUUAUGUU